UAAUUGUAUUGUUCAUUGUUUUUUUCGGUAAAGUCACGUAUGUAGGAAUACCAUAACAUUAUAUAACAUUAUAUUCCUACAUACGUGACUUUACCGAAAAAACCAAUGAGCAAUUUACGCAGCCAUGAAAACUUUAAUUAUUUAUAAAUUUUAUUGCUUUAUAUAUUUUUAUUAUUUUAUUGUUUCCCUUCUACGUGCCUUUACCGAAAGAACUAAGAAUAUGUCAACUUGAUUAAGAAUGUCAAAUUAACACUUUGUUCCAAACAUGCACCUUCAAUGUCUAAACGUGUUUCUUUGCGGUUCCCUUCUCCAUGCUGCUCCAUAUCCUUUUAAUAAUCCACAAGCGAAGGUGUCUCCCCGUCUGACUACCAUCCUCGUGCAAUCUCGAUGUUCUCUACGUUUGCAGAUGUUUUUUUAUGAUUCCGCAAUAUUUUUCAUUUGAGCCUCUGUUCGCGAGGGCUUGGAUGAACCAUCAAUUUUCCACUGUCUCAAUAUUGCCUUUUUUAUAGUCAACAGAGGCUGGACAGGGUGGUAGUUGACAUCAUUCUUUUGCAGAACCUGAUUGAUAGAUGUUUUCUGAAAAUUGAAUUGGAGAAAUAAAUGCAUGAACACAAAUUGAGAAUAUGACCCGUUUCAGAUACGCUGAUGACACAGUCAUUAUCAGAACCAAUUGAAAUUAACUACGUUGGGUUAAAAAUAAACGAGCAAAAGAAAUGUGUAGCACGUUUUUACGAGACAAUCCUAUUUCUGUGGGAGGGACAUAACUGUAAACAACAUCCAAGUAUUGCACUUAGGGUAGUUUUUGAAGGUGGGACAGGAUCAACAUUAAAACAAAAAGACGAGAGAGUAGGUUGCAGUGCUGUGGACACCUGUAAUCAUUCAAAGCACCUUGCCAAUGUUCCUCUUUCAGUGCAAUUCCAAGCUAUGCGUGUCUCUUACAGCUUUUGUUCCAUUUUGUUUUAAUCAACCUCCAUGUUUAUGAUCAAUGUCACAAUCAGGCCUCGCACACACACACGCACACCGAUUAAAAUUGGUGUAUUGGUAUGUUGAUUUUCAAUGGGAUUUUUUGUUAAGCGUGUACCUCUUCAAGCAGUUUCGCAUCUGUUCCUUUACCGGUAAGUCGGCGUCCGUGGAUGCUUAAGGUGAAUGCGAGGAUUCAGGCCAGGCCAGGCCAUUACCUGCAGCCAUGUAACUUUUAGACCCCCUGGGCGCCUUCGCCCGUGUGGCUUUGCGAGCCCCAAGCUGGUGCCAGAGCGUGUGGCUUUGUGAGGCCCAAGCUGGUGCCAGAGCGUGUGGCUUUGUGAGGCCGCCGUCUGAUGCCAGAGCGUGUGGCUUUGUGAGGCCCAAGCUGGUGCCAGAGCGUGUGGCUUUGUGAGGCCCAAGCUGGUGCCAGAGCGUGUGUCUUUGUGGGGCCCCCGUCUGGUGCCACCUGUCAAUCACCGCGAAGCCUAAGGAUCGCAAGGGACGACGUCACUCGCGCGGCAACCCCAAACAAAUCCCAGAGGCCGUGAAAUCCCAAUUAAAGUUUGCGUGCCGUUUUAUAUCGCUGCGUUUUAUAAUAAGGGUGUUCAUUGACGACUAAUUAUCCCAUUAAAAACAAAAAUCUUGAAGAAUACUCUACAGAGGCGAACGACGUUUAUAUGCAAGGUGGUGCUCAUUCAAGUGCCGACAUGAGUCACAGCACUGAUGAUGAUGCAGCAUUUGCAGGCUUUGCAGAAAAUUCCGAAUCCAACCGCAAAUUCAAAUUAAAGCCCUCAAAGGCAUCUGGAGAGCCUAAACGACCACUGAAAGGAAAUAUAAAGUCUCGCAAAAGACCAACGGCUGCAUUCUCGACUGAAGCUGCAUCAGAUCCAGAGGAAAAAAGACUAAAAAGAUCGGAUUCGGAUGAUUUACAGUUGUCUUUAUCACAACAGAUCCCUUCAUUGAAGCCUACGAGUGGAAAAUACAUUCCAGUUUUUAAAAGCAGGAAGUCAAAAAUGUUCAUGCUUCAAAAAGAAACACAGCUGAACACUGCCCAUCCAGCAGAAAUUCGAGCGAUUAAUUCCACAAAACACUCCAUCGGUGAAUAUUCUAAACUGGAAUGUUUACCUCAUAUAGUCCCGGAAAUGCAAAGCACAGGCUGCGAUCAAAAUCGUGACUCAGAAUUGCAAAAAGAAUUGCCUCCAACGGUCCAUGAACAAGAGCAGCAGCACAUUGACUCUGACACAGAAGUUCCGCUGCCAGAAAAUGGGAAGGAUUUAAUGAAAAUACAAUUGGAUGAAUUGAACGCUGUAGAAAGUGCAAGCGCAAACCAAGAAACAUCUUUCCUGAAUGAAGCGUACAUAACAAGUAUGGAGGAUGUGACGACCAGCCUGCUGGCAAAAUCGUUGGCGGAGGUUGAAUAUGAGAGGCGUGACGAUGAGGUGGAUGUUGGGGUGGUACAUGUCGAUGAGGUCCCAAUUAAUCGGGAUGAACACUGCCAUGUUCAUUCUCAAGACCAGCGUAAACUUGAUUUAAAUGAAGAAGUCAAGCGUGAUUAUCCACAAGAAGAAAGGGCAGAGCCUGAGAGUACGGGUGAUUUAGAUGCUAAAUGUGUUGGGACUGCACUCAAUUGCCAGGCUGUGUAUCCCAUCCAAAUUGACAUUCCUACAAAUGUUGUUACAAAACCACUAUGUGUGGAUUGCAUUGUGGGAUUGGAUUCCCCAGUAAUACAAAAAGAAGUGUAUGGGAAAUGUCUGACUAUUGAUGAUAAUGAAGAAAACAAAAGCAAUCACCCAAGUCAGCAUGAUAAUGCAGAAGGCAAUGAGGAAGACUGUGGUAAGGCAAAUAUUGCUGAUGAAUGUCAAUUAAACGUUAAAAUUGGGAAUGGCCAUCCCACCGAGAUCUUAAUGGCCAAUAGCAAUUUUGUACCUGACAUCAUUGUCUCUGACAUGCAUACAAAUAUCUCGUCAAUAGACAUGAGCUUUCAUAACCAAACACACACACUGCCCAAUUGUUUGGAAGAGCAUACAGAUAGAGACCAACGUUCUAGAGAAAACAGCAGUGGCGUUGAGAAAACAUAUUUGGUUUCUAGUAACGUCUGUCCACCUCAUUCAAAUGGGACUGAGAGUUUGGUUACACAUGAUGAGUCAUGUGGUACAGUUAAUGCUGAUAUAGAAAGCAGCAUUUUGGAGAAACUCCAAAUGCCUGUAACUUUUAGAAAUAAGCUGUCCAGAAAAGGACAGAAAGGUGAAGUGGUUAUAAUUGAAAGCAUUGUCUCAUCUUCUCACCCCUUUGCAUCGGUUUCAAAUGCCGACAUGUCAGAUGUGCGGAAACAGCCGAACGCUGCAGAAUCACACAAGGUCCUUUCAAUAGAGGCACCCCUGAAUUUGCGAAUUGAAACGCUGGCAUCGACAGUCGUUGGUUUUCAAAACAAAAAUGCAGCAGUGGUUACACAGCAACAAAAAGAAAAGGACCCUUUUAGCGGGGCAACAUCUACAAUGAUAUACUCUGGUGAUGGCACAGAAACAGUGCACUUGGGAUGCAUAAUAGCACCAGGCAAUCCAGAUUCAUUAGAUCUGAAUAACAAAGCUGAAAUCGGUCGGUAUUUCCAGCCUGGAAAAUGUGAAAAAUAUAUUGUAGAACGUAUUUCAGAUGAGCCAUUGACAAGUGAAUUUUGCAAAGGAAAAAAUAUAGUUCUGGACAUGGAAACCACAGUACAUUAUGCUGCAAAAAAGCAUGAACAAUCACUGACUGAAAAAGAUGAUGAAAAAAUAGGUGAAGCUCAUCAAGUCUUCUCAGCUGAAGAAUAUAAACAUGAAGAAUUGUCAGCUCAAGAAUAUCAAGAAUUAGCUGAAAUAAAUAAAAAUGUAGCUGACAAACAACAAACAAUUUCAGUGGAGCACGAACAUUUUUCAGCUGAACAACAUCAAGAUUUGUCAGCUAAACGUCAAAAAUUAUCAACUGAGCAAAGUAAAGAUUUAACAACAGAUGAACAUCAAACAUUUUCAGCCGAUGAACUAAAAAAUAUAUCAGCUGAGCAAAGUAAAGCAUUAUCGGCUGACAAACAUGAAGAUUUAACAACAGAUGAACAUCAAACAUUUUCAGCCGAUGAACUAAAAAAUAUAUCAGCUGAGCAAAGUAAAGCAUUAUCGGCUGACAAACAUGAAGAUUUAACAACAGAUGAACAUCAAACAUUUUCAGCUGAUGAACUAAAAUAUAUAUCAGCUGAGCAAAGUAAAGCAUUAUCGGCUGACAAACAUGAAGAUUUAACAACAGAUGAACAUCAAACAUUUUCAGCCGAUGAACUAAAAAAUAUAUCAGCUGAGCAAUAUAAAGCAUUGUCAGCUUAUGAACAUAAAGAAUUAUCAGCUGACAAACAUGAAGAUUUAACAACAGAUGAACAUCAAACAUUUUCAGCCCAUGAACUAAAAAAUAUAUCAGCUGAGCAAAGUAAAGCAUUAUCGGCUGACAAACAUGAAGAUUUAACAACAGAUGAACAUCAAACAUUUUCAGCCGAUGAACUAAAAAAUAUAUCAGCUGAGCAAAGUAAAGCAUUAUCGGCUGACAAACAUGAAGAUUUAACAACAGAUGAACAUCAAACAUUUUCAGCUGAUGAACUAAAAAAUAUAUCAGCUGAGCAAUAUAAAGAAUUGUCAGCUUAUGAACAUAAAGAAUUAUCAGCUGACAAACAUGAAGAUUUAACAACAGAUGAACAUCAAACAUUUUCAGCCGAUGAACUAAAAAAUAUAUCAGCUGAGCAAUAUAAAGUAUUGUCAGCUUAUGAACAUAAAGAAUUAUCAGCUGACAAACAUGAAGAUUUAACAACAGAUGAACAUCAAACCUUUUCAGCUGAUGAACUAAAACAUAUAUCAGCUGAACAAUAUAAAGAAUUGUCAACUGAGCAAAGUCAAGAAUUACCAACUAAUGAACAUAAAGAAGAGUUAUUAGUUGAUAACCAUACAAAAAUAUCCGCCGAUGAACAUAAACAUAUAUCGGCUGAACAAAAUCAAGAAUUAUCAACUGAGCGAAGUAAAACAUUACCAACUGAUGAGCAUAUAGAGCAUCAAGACUUCUCAGCCAAUGAAAAACAAACAUUUCCGGCUGAACAAUACGAAGAAUCGGUCGCCGAAGAAGCGGUGUGUGUGCCACCACAAAGUGUUGGCAUCGAAAGGGACGGCUGCUUUGUUGCCAUGGCCCCUGCACCUGCAGGCAUCUUGAAACAACCAUUAACAGGAACUACUGUUCAUCCAAAAGCCGGCGACAAGAACUCGGAACGCAGCCGCAAGUCACACGUCGAAGCUCGCGGAGUUGUAGAUGAUUUGCUCUUAGAAGACAGCCAGUUGUGUGAAUUUUUCAUGAGCGAGCUCAGUGAAGACAAUGAAAUGCAGAUGAAUGAAAAUAUUGAAACUCCUAGCGAUAUCUGUAUCCAAGAGAAAUCUUCUGAAUUUGUUGUGAACACUGAAAGAUCCACACAGACUGCCAAACUGAGGGAUGCCACUGACACGGUGUGUCGCCUCAUUAACGAGAUCUCAAAAAUCAACCACCAGGUCCUAUCUGUCCACCGUGGACUGGAGGCAGCAAAGCAACACAGAAGCUGGAAGGCCGACUUUUCAAACAGGAACACAAACUCCACAAGACCCAACGCUUUCCCAGCAAAUGCCACCUGGAAGUGAUGCAUGUUGUAAAGAGUCGUGUCCUGGAGGGAAUGUAUAAUCCACAUAUUUUUGGGUCUUUCGGUAAAGUCACGUAAAUAGGUUCAAAGAAAAUAAGAAAAAACUACGACGUUUCCAUCGAAACAUAAGCGAUCGUCUUCCUUUU